CUCCCCUCAACCAUAUAACUUUUGCCGACCACCGCCGUUCCUCUCUUCUCCAAAUCCAAAUUGGUAAAUUUCCCGAAUCCGGCGCCCCCACACCCGCAUCCUCACCUCGUCAGCGCCGGCAGCCGUCCUGUUCUCCAUCUCCGCUCAGUCGGGUGGGGGGAAAUUCUGUUCGGACUGAUUCGUCUUGUCGGCAUGUCUCAUUAUCACAGCGGCGAUUUUGAAGAGAUGGAGGAUGAGUACGACAUGAACGAGCCAGUCGAGGGGGAGGAUGAGUACCAAGAGCUCGUGGUUAGGGACUCUGAUGCGGAGGAGGAAGACGACGCGGACCAAUUGCAUAAGCUCUCCGACACAUCAGCAGCAGACGCAAGAAGUGGGAAAGAUAUUCAAGGAAUACCUUGGGAGACGAUAGAAGUCACAAGAGAAACAUACAGGCAGGCCCGACUAGAGCAGUACAAGAACUACGAGAACAUACCUAAUUCUGGAGAAGCAGCAAUGAUGGCAUGCAAAUCUACCGAGAAAGGAAGAACAUAUUACGAAUUCAGACGAAAUACUAGAUCCGUGAAAUCCACUAUCUCUCACUUUCAGCUGAGAAAUUUAGUAUGGGCGACAUCGAAGCACGAUGUGUACCUGUUGUUGCAUUACUCUGUACUUCACUGGUCGGCCUUAAAUGGCGUUGAUACAGAAAUUAUGGAUGUACAUGGACAUGUUGCACCAAGUGAGAAGCACCCAGGAAGCUUAUUAGAAGGUUUUGUUCAUACUCAAAUUAGUACCAUGGCAGUGAAGGAUAAUUUGCUAGUAGCUGGUGGUUUCCAAGGAGAGAUAAUAUGCAAACACCUAGAUCGAGAAGGAAUAAGCUUUUGCUGCAGGACAACAUAUGAUGAUAAUGCAAUUACCAAUGCAUUGGAGAUAUUCAAUACAUCUAGUGGAGCUCUUCACUUCAUUGCAUCUAACAAUGACUGUGGGGUAAGAGAGUAUGAUAUGGAAAGAUACCAGUUGUUUAAGCAUUUCCGAUUUGAUUGGCCAGUGAAUCACACAUCAUUGAGCCCUGAUGGAAAGCUUGUUAUUAUUGUUGGUGAUGACACAGAUGCUUUGCUUAUUGAUGCUAAUUCAGGAAAGACUAUUAAUUCCGUGAAAGGUCACUUGGAUUACUCCUUUGCAUCGGCUUGGAGCCCAGAUGGUCUGACAUUCGCCACUGGUAACCAAGACAAAACUUGCCGGAUUUGGGAUGCCAGAAAUCUCUCCCAGUCUGUCCAUGUCUUGAGAGGCAACGUUGGAGCAAUAAGAUCUAUUCGUUUUACAUCUGAUGGGCAGUUCUUGGCGAUGGCAGAGGCAGCAGACUUUGUCCACAUCUUUGACAUCAAAAGUGACUACAAUAAGCGACAGGAGCUGGAUUUCUUUGGUGAGGUAUCCGGUAUGUCUUUCAGCCCCGACACGGACACACUUUACGUUGGAAUCUCGGAUAGGACAUAUGGCAGCUUACUUCAGUUUGGCCGCCUCUAUAACUAUUCAUACCUCGACUCACUACUAUGAUGGUCAAAGAAAAUGCGUUGGCCGUCUUGUGUUUCCCUCUCUGAUAAUCAACCCAGAUUAGGCAUCCCAAAUCAAAUUUAAUUUAGCUUGGUAUUCCCUUAAAGAAUCCUGUACCCUGCUGUAUGUGUACAUAAAGAAGUGUAUUUUAUAGACACCAAUAGUCUGCUACUCUGCUUUGAGAUAGGUAUAAGGUGUCAGGAUUCAAAUCAUAAGUUAGAUUUCAAUUCGUUAUGCGCGAGAUGAAUCCAUAAAGUCAGAACUUUGCAUGUUAAGUUGAAUCUGAUGUUUGUAUGCUUAUUAUGACAUUUGUUGUGUAGA